AUGACAGCCAUCCUGGAGCGGAUCAGCACGCUGUCCCUCAGUGGGCAGCAGCUCAGCCGUCUCCCCAAACUGCUGGAAGACGGAUUCCCGAAGAUGCCUUGCACUGUCAAAGAGUGUGAGGUGCCACAGCUCUUCCGGGAGCCGUAUAUCCACACUGGAUACCGUCCCACUGGACAGGAGUGGCGGUACUACUUCCUUAGCCUCUUCCAGAAGCACAAUGAGGUGGUCAACGUGUGGACUCAUCUCCUGGCAGCCCUGGCUGUCCUGCUGAGGUUCAAGACAUUCGUGGAGGCUGACCAAUUACCAGUGGAUGCAUGGUCCUUGCCUUUGCUCAUCUUUGUCCUGUCAUCUGUCACCUACCUGACCUGCAGCCUACUGGCCCACCUGCUGCAGUCAAAAUCAGAGCUAUAUCACUACACCUUCUACUUUGUGGACUAUGUUGGAGUCAGCAUCUACCAGUAUGGUAGUGCCCUAGCCCAUUUCUACUACAGCUCAGAUCAGGCAUGGUAUGACAAAUUCUGGCUUUUCUUCCUCCCAGCAGCUGCUUUCUGUGGCUGGCUCUCUUGCGCUGGCUGCUGCUACGCAAAGUAUCGGUACCGACGACCUUACCCUAUCAUGAGGAAGAUGUGCCAGGUGAUCCCAGCAGGACUGGCAUUCAUCUUGGAUAUCAGUCCUGUUGCUCACCGGGUGGUUGUGUGUCACCUGGGAGGCUGUGAGGAAGAUGCUGCUUGGUACCACACAUAUCAGAUACUAUUUUUUCUUAUCAGUGCUUAUUUCUUCUCCUGUCCAGUUCCUGAGAAGUACUUUCCAGGAGCCUGUGAUAUUGUUGGCCAUGCCCAUCAAAUCUUCCAUGCAUUCCUGGCCAUCUGCACCCUCUCACAACUGGAGGCCAUAUUAUUGGAUUACAAGAACAGGCAGGAGAUCUUCCUAAAGAGACAUGGGCCUCUCUCCAUCUAUCUCACCUGCGGCUCUUUUUUUGGCCUGGUGGCUUGUAGUGCCAUCACAGCUUACAUCCUGCGUUGCAGGAUCAAGGCCAGUCUGGCUAAAAAGGACUCCUGAGAGAGUCACGAAGAUGAUGGGCGUGACAUCACCUGGCUGCUGAAAACCAGGAAGAGGGGGAUAAUACAUUAGAGACAUAACUGGGUUGUUUGCCUAACACACUCUGACUAACCUGGACCCUGUGGACUGGGAUGGAGGGCUGGAUACUUCACUCUGGAUGCAUUUUCACAGCAGGGGCUGCCUUCUGCCAUACAGGGGGACAUGGGGUAUUUUAAGCCAGAAUAAGUCACUUAACCAAGGAUGCUGGAAUAGCAGAGGUUUCUUGUUCGUGCUAGUAAACCUGCAGGGAAUAUCAUGCUGAAUAGUAGGGAAGGCAGCCUGAGGGCCGUGAGACAGCAGAACAGUCUCCUGGGGCUCACAAAGUAGUGGAAAAUGCACCUUGUGGAUCAUGGGUGAAUGUGACUACCUCUUCAGGUUUUGCCAGCUCCGCUGUGCUUGGGGUGAUCCUGUUACCAUUGAAGGCAGUACCAAAGCUUUGGGGGGAGUCUACAUUUUUAGGAUUCAGCUGCAAGUGCAUGUGUGGUGUAGUGGCUGGAUUAAUCCUUUCUGCUCCAGUGGGUUAAACUAGGUUAUCUCUACUUCUGCCCUUCUCGGUAUCUCAGUGCCAGGUUGCUGAGAUGGCCCUGGCAAAAUGUAUUUGCAGAUCUAGGCCUGACCUGGAGUCCUCUAGGAUGAACCUGAGCCCAAUGAAUCUGGACCUGAGCCCUGUGUCUGCUGGCAAUUGGUGUGGAUCUAGCCAUCCCUGGCACAGGUGGGGAUAUGAGGUCAACUCUCUCUUCUCUUUCUACAUGAUUGCACCAUCAGUAGUGAAGCUCCUUAACACACACAGCGAGUCAGACAGUCCAAAAGACAGAUGACAGGAUAGAUUGUUUCUCAGUUCGAAUUUGCCUGGCUUAAGGGCAGUACCACUGGCUGCUUGGUAGCCUAUCAGCUAGUUCCUUAAAGGUUCCUCACUUGUAUUUUAAAUGCUUAGCAGCUUUUGAGGAGCUGGACCUGUGUCAAGUUGGAGCUGGUCCUCAGAGCCUUCUUCAGUGGCAGAGAUGAGGCACCCCUGAGGCCAUCAGCCAGUGUUCAAGGCCCUAGCACCAAGGAGGGGCAACAAAAAGGUCAUGUUUGGUAGAUUUGAUGUGAGUGCAUCAUUUUGGCUGCCCACGUGAUGAAUUUAUGCACUUGCAUAGACUGAUUCCGUGUCAUCUUCCUAGGGAGUCUGACUGGCCUCCCUUGCUAUCAACACAGUGUAGGUGUGAUCGAUCUGAUAACGGGCAAAGCUCUGGGCCCUGGGCCUCCAACAGCCCUAGGAUAGUCCCAGCCAAAAGGGAAUAAUGGUGAAAUGGGUGUGAAGUCUUAAUUUCCCUCUUAACUAUAGGAAUGGGGAUUUUCAGCACUCCAGGCAGUCCUUGGUGGACCUCAUGGAGAAGCUCACCUUGGAGCUGCAGGGUUGCACUUCUCUGUCCUAUGGGACUGUGAAUCUGCCAUGCUUUUAUUGGCAUUAGAUAAAGGUAGAAAUUAAAUAGGGCAAAGAAAUGGAGAUUGAAAUGAGCUAUCUGUUCUUACUUCUUGGGAACCCUGCUCAUGCCCUUAAAGCCCCAUUCUUGUGCUUCAGGGAGGAUUUUGCUGUGGGCAGGUUUCUUUUGCACUUUCUUAAUAAACUGCUCCUUACUGAUGUCCAUGGGGCAGACAGAGCACGAAAGCAGCAGCUAUGCAGUGGCACGAGGCUAGAGGAAAUAACAGAGGGCAGGAGCAGGGUGACAGCAGAAGUUUUGUUCAGCAUUAGGAGCCUCUGUAACUUUAGGAUGAAACACCUCGGGACUUGGUGUUUCCUUUGUAGAGUAGCAAUGAUAGCUGGUCAGGGACACUUCAUAGCCAUGGGUCACUCCUGCCCAAGGUGUAGCAAGGCUUGGCUUGCUGUGUCCCCAAGUAGACAAGUCCCCUUUGUGCUUGCUGGCAGGAAUUUCAGAUUGAGGAGCUCCAUUGUUGCACAGAAACUCGUAGCACUUUCAGGCCUGGACGCUCAAGAGUCGGAGCAGAGAUAUGGUCCCAACCAGCCUAAACACCUGUUCAGCCCACUGUUGUCUUUCCGUGGUAGACCUUGGCAUGGGUCCUCCCAGCUGUACCCUGUGUAAGAUAUGUAGCCUUAAAUGCCUUGACAUCAGGCUAGUUUCCAGGAGGUGUAAAUCUUUCCUGAAAGCAAAGAAGUUACGGGAUCUACUCCAGCCGCAGAUUUGUCCCAUUGAAUCCGAGGGUGGCAAACGAAUUGUAUUUGCUGGUACUGGGUAGGCAGAAUUUAGGGACGGGGAUAUGGUUUGUCACGACAAGCACUGACUUCUGCACUUGAUCUGUUUUUUUAACUACUGGAGUGUAUGCGUGUGUGUGUGUGUGUGUGUGUGUGUGUGCAUGAUUUAAUGUUCAGAAAGGCCUUGCUUUUGGCUUUUAUAUCUGCAGAGCAUCCUAGCUGGGUAAAGAUCAGUCUGAGGGAAACAGUGCCUUGAUGAUGGAGGAAUGAGGUGGGGACACACAACUGGAUAUCUGAAAAUUAAUUUAUUUAUUAGGUGGUUUGCUGCGUCAUGUCUUGUGGACAAAUCUGAAACUUGCAGACUAAUUAAAUACAAAGGUGGGGGAGGGGGGUAUUUCUGAUUACAGAUGAAGUCAUAGGAAAGACUUCAAGAGGUCACUUAGUCCACCCUUCCUCCUCACUGUGUGCCUCUUCAUUCAUAUCUAGCCCAGCUAGAAGCUCAUAAAACUUGUUAAUGGCUCAGUUGCCUACAGUGUAUUUUGACAGUACAGUUACACUGACCUAACUGCAAAUUGCCAGGGUAAGGGACCUGUUAGUCCUACUGAUACCUCCGCAUGCUUCUUCCCUUGCACAGGUGCUCUUCUGACCUCAGAGUGAACCAGUGCAAGGAGACAGACCUGCAGAUAACCAAACCUAAUGAAAAAAAGUCACUAAAUUUCUACUGGUUUUAACUUUCAGCCAGCUCACUUGAACAACACUGCUGCCUGCAGGGAAGGGUUGGGUACGCAGAGCUGAAGCGGAGGCGAACAGCAGUUCGUCCUUGCAACAGUGGCUGGUUGCAUGACUGGCUUAGCUGCACUGACGGACUGCCCCCUCCAUGGUCUCCCUGACUUUGCUCGUGGGUCUCCUCCCAGUUUGGAGAACAACCUCCAGUGGGAGUAGUGUUUUUUCUCAGAGGCAAACUUGCCUUGCUUUUGUGGUAGUUCAAAGUCGAAUAAUCCACCUUUUGGCCUUCUGUGGAUUUGGCUAGAGGGUAUAAAGAGGUUUCUGUGCAGGAAGAGGAAUCAGCCAGGUUUGUCUGCUGCCCCUUUCUGUGCUAAAACUGAGAAGGAGUAGGCAUUGCUGCUAAUUAGAAACCCUGCUCUGCUGCUCACCUAGAGUUAUACUGGUACUGAAGACAGGGAUAACUAGGCCUUUCCUUCUGUAAGAGUAUGAAAAUAGUUGAUAUGUGCUGCCCUAGGCAAAAGAAGAUGAAGACAGCAAUGUCAUCCAGCUCCUCUCACUGGGGAGAAGAGGUGUCUUAUGGCUCUUCUGAGGCGAGAAGCUACUGGUAUUUUCUGGUCAUACCAUGUCAUCUCCUAACUGAUCCAGUAGAAGUGAAACUUUUUCUUCUCCUUCUGGAACAAUUGUGUGUGUGAUGGUUGUGGUGGUGGUGGUUUUACCCAUUCCCAUGUUACCCCUCAGGUGAUGCCACCUGUGUCCCCAUGUGGCCCUGCACUCAGACCUGGAGCUGACCUCCUGGUUACUAUGAUGGGCUGAUUUAGCAGGGAUUCGCAAUAUAGAUUGCUGCUGCUGUGGGGAUGUGCCUUUGUGUCACAAGAGGCUCGUCUACACUGGAGCUUCCUCCAUCCGUGUCCUCUUCCUCCUCCUCUUCCUCCAACCACUUUAUUUCUUUUCCUCAUCCUCAGAAUUUAUCCUUGUGCCUUAUGCACCUGUCUGCCCACCUGUGCAGACUCCAUAUGCUCUGCAGUCUGCUGCACCUCACCUGGGCAGUGACUGGAAGGUGGCUGCCGAUGCCCUCCUGAAAGCUGUGCUGUUGAUCUAGGGGAGGAGACCAUGACUGAGACCUGAGAGAGUAAAAGUGCUGCUGUGCUAAAUGCUCAGCCCAUCUGAAAGCAUCUCCGGACCUCGCGUUUUGGGCUCAGGGCCUGGAGCGCACCUUGGAGGUGCUCCUCUAAGGAGCCGCAGCGGGGAGGGAUGUGACCAGCUGCAGGGCUUUGGCAGAGAGCUGACCACCACAGGCCGAGAGUGGGUCAUGAAGGGACCAAGGUCCUAACUCCCGCCCACAGGAAUCUCCAGUCCUAAGAUAGCAUUUUUGCUACCCAAAUCUGUACUAGUUAGCUCCUGAGAAUUUAUCCCAGUGUGCCUUAUGCUGUUCCCUUUGGGGAUUCAUCCUGUGGGAACCUGAGUAUUAAAAACAGCUUUUCUGCUAUCUGCUACUCUGUGGUUGCUUUUAACCACUGAUACUCAUUGACAGAAUUUGCUUGGUAUAAGGAGCAGGAGAGGAGGAUGGAAAGAGAUGCCUUAACCUUAUAUUUAUGCUGAUUUAUUUGUGUAACAGGGCAAGGACAGGCUCCUGAUGUGCCUUGCUAUUUACAUCUUUUACUGACAAGAUUGUUUUUAAGCACUGUUUGUUACUAAACAUAAGUACAAAGGAGUUUGUAUUUUUUUUUCCCUGGAAGACAGGGAAGGGUAUGAGUGUUAUAUAUUAACCAUUCCAUUCCUAACCCCCAUUUGCUGACUUUGUAUUGUUGAAAAUAUUGACAAUAUUUUAAGCUUUGUACUUUGCUGAUCAUUAUUUAAAAUCCUCAGUGAAAAUAGAA